AUGUGUUCGACAUUUGUUUUACCAUACAAAAGAGGAAGAAUACACCUUAUAAAAGGCACGCCGCCAGCAAAUAAGGCUGCAGAUAAGAUAUUUCAAGAUUAUCAAGAGCAGGCCGCGAACGGAGAGUUGUUGUUAAGAAGAUAUCCUCUAAGAAUGCGAGGAGCAUUUCUUACGAACUACUUCUCCCAAAAUUCCGGUGAACCAUAUCAAUACGUCGGAGGAACAGGGAACACUGUGCCAUUCACCAAUGCACCGACCGCAGUUCUUGAUGCUUUGAGCCUAAUCAAAGACCGCGCACGUAGGUCGUUGAAUCACGACAUUCCUUUCAACGAAGUAUUAAGUGCAGCCUAUAUGGAACGGCAAAAGAUGUCUUUCCAUAGCGACAGUGAGAAAGGUCUAGGCCCAGUCGUUGCUUCUCUAUCGCUGGGAUCUACAGCCUACAUGCACUUUCGAACCCGUAAACUCAAGCAACAACUUGAAAGCCACAAGCAAAAUGUUCUAACAUUAGUACUCCGGCACGGCGACGUCCUGGUUAUGGAAGGCAUUGGGGUGCAGGAAUAUUAUGAGCACACGGUGGUACCUACGAACUUCCGUAUCGCUGCUACAGCUCGCUGUAUUGGGUCAGCCAACCAAUCUCCAGCCCAGGAGAAACCAAAACCGCAUGAUUCGGUGACAUAUAAUACAGAUAGUAAACUAGCACCUACCAAAGCUGCCGACUAA